AUGGUUAGAGUACGCUCAGAUUGGGGUGUACCGGAUAGAUGCAAAAACGGUGCUCGCCCUGGUUCAUCCAAAAUUCUUUGUUCCGGUAUAAAUGACAUACUACCGCAAGAUAUCAAAGAUUUGGAAGAAGUUCGGGCAGGCAUCAAGCAUGAUGGUCAAGUUGGUUUCUCGUCAAAUGCACAAAUUCCAAACUUGUUGCUUGUUUGUAAGGAAUCAUACAACGUCGCCAUCACAAGAUAUAAACGAGCGUUUCCGUCUGUUGGAGCUUUUGCUGAGACCUACUUCGAUCACCAAAGAGACAUAUUGUUACUUCUUGGGGAACAAAUAGUAUGUGUGUGCGGCUGGCAAUGCCGUGAACCUAUGAUUUCAAACGAGGCACGUAAAGUUCGUCAUAUUGCUUUUCAACAUGAACCCAUAUUAAAAGGGUCCGCAUUUCAUCAAAACGAUAAAAUAGCCAACACUUCCAAGCUUGCUAGACUGUUGCGUACGUUCUGCAAUGUGGAAAGUGUGACGAUUGUGAUUGAAGACUAUCGAAGUGACGAUCAUGAGAAUGGCAUAGCCGAGUCUCAGAGAGACAGUGAGCUGGUAUUCUUCGCGCCAGUGGACAUCGGUAAAGCUCUGCGCAUGUUGCGUUCGCCUGUAACUAAACGUAGUGAUUUUUGUAGCGAAUUGAUUCCUGAACAUUAUUUACGAAAUAGAUAUGAAAUCGACAUAAACCUUCUUUACGAUCUCCAAUCAGAUGACUACGCAAGUUUCUUUAGGUGGAAUGUGGCGACACUCAGAUGGAUGAAUUUAACGACUGCCGGUUUCAAAAGAAGAUUUAAAGAAUUGCAAGAAGAAUACGAGUUACGUACUGGCGUGAACUGUUACAGAAUUGUAGAAACUAGCAGUUUUACGCCUGAUUUGAGUUCCUGA